AUCCGUUUGACGUCACGAAAACUUACGCGUCACGCGAGCGGUAGGAGUUGGCGGACGGUCCCUGGCUGCUUCUGGAAGUCCUGGGACCGCGGAAGAGGCUUCCGAGGGCUGCCGCGAUGCCUCGGACGCGGUGGGUCAGUCAGCUUCUGGAUCUGUGUCUUUGGUGCAUCAUGAAGAAUAUUUCCAGAUAUAUCGCAGACAUUAAACUUUUGCCUCCCAACAUAAAAGAUAGACUGAUUAAAAUAAUGAGCACACAGGGGCGAAUAACAGAUUCAAAUAUAAGUGAGAUUUUACAUCCUGAAGUGCAAACUCUAGAUCUGCGGAGCUGUGAUAUUUCAGAUACUGCUCUUCUGCACCUGUGUAACUGCAAAAAACUGAAGACAUUAAAUUUAAAUUCCUCAAAAGGAAAUAGAGUUUCCAUAACUUCAGAAGGAAUAAAAGCUGUGGCUUCAUCUUGUUCAUACUUGCAAGAAGCGUCCUUGAAAAGAUGCUGCAGUCUCACUGAUGAAGGAGUCCUUGCUCUGGCACUCAAUUGCCGGCUGCUAAAGAUCAUUGAUUUAGGUGGCUGCUUAAGUAUUACUGAUGUGUCCUUACAUGCAUUAGGAAAAAAUUGCCCGUUUUUGCAGUGUGUCGACUUUUCAGCUACUCAGGUAUCUGACAGUGGUGUGGUUGCGCUUGUUAGUGGACCUUGUGCCAAGCAAAUAGAGGAGAUCCAUAUGGGACAUUGUGUAAAUCUGACCGAUGGAGCUGUAGAAGCUGUCCUUACUUACUGUCCUCAGAUAUGUAUAUUACUCUUCCAUGGAUGCCCACUAAUAACAGAUCAUUCUCGAGAAGUCUUGCAGCGAUUAGUAGGCCCAAACAAACUAAAGCAAGUGACAUGGACUGUUUAUUGAUGGUAUUGAAGUUUAUCAGAGUUAUGAAAGCUUAUCAAAACUACUUUCUCAGAAAAUGGUCUAUAGAGAUUUAUUUUCCACUUAAUUUAACACUACUAUUUUAUUGUCUUAUUUAAGCUAUAACUCUCAGAGAACCAGCUAAAUUUCAGUAUAUACACAGUUUGUGCUUGAAGUUAACACAACUCAAACAUUUUAAUAGUGCUAUAUUCUAUA